CAAAGCCACAAAUCUGCCAGCAGCAUUAUCGAGUAUUUUAAAAACCCUUACGGGUCUCAAGAGGAGCAAGAAAAGGCUGACGGUUAUUGACUCAACAUGCUUUCUUGAAAUUCCAUUGCUCUACUUUGGAUCCAAACUAUCAAUACAGGACUUUCCAGAGCUCAGAUCUUCCAGAUCUCACAGACAGGCAUCAGACAAGAUGUUCUUUGUGAAGGGGAUCAAAACAACACCAGCCAUUCAACAAAGGGUAAUUCAUAAGAGACUGUGGGGAUAUGAGCUAAAAGACAGAAAAAGGACAGAAACAGCUCUGAAGGCUGGGGAGGACAGGGCCAUUCUGUUGGGUUUGGGUAUGGUGUUCAGCUCAAUCAUGAUGUACUUUGUGAUCUGUAUCACCAUGGUGCGCACAUUUGCAGACAGUGUAUUGACAGAUGAGACCACCUGUAUUGUGCUUAACUCCACUCUUACGAAGGAUAUCAAUUGUUCGUACAACUGUGGCUCUGACUGCUGGAGAAGCUCUGAGUUCCCCUGUCUACAGGUCUACGUCAGCCUGAACGCCACCGGCCGUAUCGGGCUGCUCUUUCACAAUGAGGAGAUGCUGGACGUCACUUCUGAGUGUUUUUAUGUGCCAAAAUGCCAGAAGGACCACAGCGUCCUGCGUGUUAUGUUCCAGAAUAUUUCCGAACAUCUGAAGACACUCCAGCAGGUCACAUGUUUCCACGACUCCAGCAAGCAUCAGACCAGUAUCCUUCUGAACCAUCCGCAUAGCAGCAGUGCAGUUUUCCACUCUCUCUUCUGGCCAUCCUGCAUGUGUUCUGGAGGAGCCCUCAUCAUACUCAUGGUCAAGCUCACUCAAUUCCUUUCCACACUCUGUGAACAAAUUGGCAAAGCUCCAAAGUGAAAGGGGCGCAGUCAUUUAUAGACUUGGUGAAGUGAAUGAAUGAACUUUACUUUCUCUUUGAAAUGGUUUUUGGUCUCCUGCUGUUGACUGGAUUGACUGGAAAUUGAUAUGUCAGUCUUCCAUGGCUAAGCUAUAUUGUAACCACAAAUCAUAUCUCUGAAGCACUAUUCCAGAUGGAGCUAGUGCUGUUCAGAUGACGAGUUUUUAAUAGUGCAAAAUAAUGAUGCAGUGUAAUAUAAACAUUAAAUAUCUAACCUUUCUGUCACUCUUCAGUUGACUACCCUCUCAGUUAAAUUAUUAGUUCACUUUCAAAUUAAAUUUCCUGAUAAUUUACUCAACCCCA